AUGGCUCCUCAGAAGCACGGUGGAGGCGCGGGGCCCAGCUCGGGCUCCGCUGGCGGCGCCGCCGGAGGAGGCGGUGGAGGAGGCGGCGGCGGGGGGUUCGGGGGCUCCGCGGCUGCCGCGGCUCCGGGCGGUAAAUCCGGUGGUGUUCCAGGAGGCGGCGGGGGAGGAGGAGGAAGCGGUUACUCGGGAGGCUCUUCGGCCUCCUCGGCUGCUGCGGCGGCGGCUGCAGCGCUGCCCCCUGUGAAGAAGCCGAAGAUGGAGCAGAUCCAGGCCGACCACGAGCUCUUCCUGCAGGCCUUCGAGAAACCAACACAGAUAUAUAGAUUUCUUCGUACCCGGAAUCUCAUAGCACCAAUAUUUUUGCACAGAACUCUCACGUACAUGUCCCACAGAAACUCCCGAACAAAUAUCAAAAGGAAAACGUUCAAAGUAGAUGACAUGUUAUCAAAAGUAGAGAAAAUGAAGGGAGAGCAAGAGUCUCACAGCUUGUCUGCCCAUCUGCAACUCACAUUUACUGGUUUCUUCCAUAAAAAUGAUAAGCCAUCACAAAACUCAGAGAAUGAACAAAAUUCCGUAACCCUGGAAGUACUGCUUGUGAAAGUUUGCCACAAGAAAAGAAAGGAUGUCAGUUGUCCAAUAAGGCAAGUUCCUACAGGUAAAAAGCAGGUGCCUUUGAACCCAGACAUCAACCAAAUAAAGCCAGGCAACUUCCCAUCACUUGCCGUUUCCAGCAAUGAGUUUGAACCCAGCAACAGCCAUAUGGUGAAGUCUUACUCAUUAUUAUUCAGAGUAACUCGUCCAGGAAGAAGAGAAUUUAAUGGAAUGAUCAAUGGUGAGACUAAUGAAAACAUAGAUGUCAAUGAGGAGCUUCCCGCUAGAAGAAAACGUAAUUCUUCGAAUCGUGAAGACGGAGAAAAGACUUUUGUGGCACAAAUGACAGUAUUUGAUAAAAACAGGCGCUUGCAGCUUCUGGAUGGGGAAUAUGAAGUAGCAAUGCAGGAAAUGGAAGAGUGUCCAAUUAGCAAGAAAAGAGCAACAUGGGAAACUAUACUCGAUGGGAAGAGGUUACCUCCAUUUGAAACAUUUUCUCAGGGACCUACACUUCAGUUUACCCUUCGUUGGACAGGAGAUACAAAUGAUAAAUCUACAGCUCCUAUAGCCAAACCUCUUGCAACACGAAAUUCAGAAAGUCUCCCUCAAGAAAACAAGCCUACUUCUGUUAAACCUGCUCAGACUAUAGCUGUGAAAGAAUCCUUGCCAACAGACCUACAAACAAGAAAAGAGAGAGAUGUUUUAAAUGAACCUCGACAAAAGUUACGAAUAUUUUACCAGUUCCUGUAUAACAACAAUACAAGACAGCAGACUGAAGCCAGAGAUGACUUGCAUUGCCCCUGGUGCACGUUGAACUGCCGCAAACUUUAUAGUUUACUCAAACAUCUUAAGCUUUGUCACAGCAGAUUUAUUUUUAAUUAUGUUUAUCAUCCAAAAGGUGCUAGGAUAGAUGUUUCUAUCAAUGAGUGUUAUGAUGGCUCCUAUGCAGGAAAUCCUCAGGAUAUUCAUCGUCAGCCUGGAUUUGCCUUCAGUCGCAAUGGACCAGUCAAAAGAACUCCUAUCACACACAUCCUUGUAUGCAGGCCAAAGCGUACAAAAGCAAGUAUGUCAGAAUUUCUUGAAUCAGAAGAUGGAGAAGUGGAACAGCAAAGAACAUACAGCAGUGGACACAAUCGGUUAUAUUUCCACAGUGAUACCUGUUUACCUCUCCGUCCACAAGAAAUGGAAGUAGACAGUGAAGAUGAAAAAGAUCCUGAAUGGCUGAGAGAGAAAACUAUUACACAAAUUGAAGAAUUUUCUGAUGUUAACGAAGGAGAGAAAGAAGUGAUGAAAUUGUGGAAUCUACAUGUUAUGAAGCACGGGUUUAUUGCUGACAAUCAAAUGAAUCAUGCCUGUAUGCUGUUUGUUGAAAAUUACGGACAGAAAAUUAUUAAGAAGAACUUAUGUAGAAAUUUUAUGCUUCAUCUGGUCAGCAUGCAUGACUUUAACCUCAUUAGCAUAAUGUCAAUAGACAAAGCUGUUACUAAGCUUCGAGAAAUGCAGCAGAAGUUAGAAAAAGGAGAAUCAACUACCCCAACAAAUGAGGAGUUUUCUGAAGAACAAAGUGGGACAACAAAUGGAUAUAGUGAAACUAACACGAGAGAGAGAGUUUCAGAAACAGAUAGUGUCUCAGGGGUCACAAAACAGAGCAAAAAACAAAAGCUCUGAAGGAAAAGGCAAAUGCCAUUCAAUGGACAAACAUUGAAGUGACA